AUGCAGAUCAAAGGGUCCGUGUUGCUGGUAUUGGGGGCUUCGAUUCAAUGGGUUUUCGCUGCACCAUGGAAUGUGCGGGUCCAGGAACGCGACAACUCGGUAGCUCUAUCUUCGAAGAUCACUUCUACCUCAUCGUCGAUCUCCAGUAGUGCGAAAGAGCCGCAAGAAAGCAAUGAUAGCUUCACAUCCGCUUCAACCAUCACACACUCGCAAAGUACUUCUUUGACAUCGACUACAUCAACUUCGAAUACAGCAAUGUUGACUUCGACCGCCUCAGCAUCCUCGAUUAGUGCAACAGCUACAAGUAUAUCCGCUACAGAUUCAGCUUUCAAUUCUACAAUAUCAUCCGGCGAGUUGCCUCUCCAACCCGAGAUCACACCAGCCUUUGCUAUUGCAGGAAUUAUUCUCAUCGCCACUGGCAUAAUAUAUACUUUUAUUGGCAUCAAGAACAGAUGGCUACAUAUUUCACUUUCAGUAGGAUACCUUGUUAGCAUUGCAAUCACGGUCCUGAUUCUUUUUGUAAUGAAUCUUCCAGUGAGCAAUGCGGUGGAGGGAGCAUAUCUCGUUGCAAUUGUGCUACCUGGGCUCAUCAUCGGGGGGUGCUCUUUGAUAUUUACAGAGGUGACCGAGGGCCUUGGAUGUCUUUUGGGGGGUUUUUGCUUCAGCAUGUGGCUGCUUGUAAUGAAAGCUGGCGGACUGAUCACUUCGACAGCCGGGAAAUCGAUUUUGAUUGCAGCCAUCAGUAUUGCUGCUUUCUCACUAUCUUUCAGUCACCAUACUAGGACUUAUGGAUUGGUUGCAUGCAUAUCAUUCGCGGGUUCCACAGCGAUCGUUCUCGGAAUUGAUUGUUUUAGCAGAGCUGGCCUAAAAGAAUUUUGGGCUUACAUUUGGAACUUGAAUCAGAACCUAUUUCCACUGGGCGCGACUACAUACCCCGUGACGAAAGGAAUUCGUGUCGAGAUUGCCGCAAUUUUCGUCAUCUUCUUAGCUGGUUUAGUGUCACAAUCAAAGGUCCACAAGAUGAUCCAAGAUCACCGUGCGCAAAAAUUAGAAGAGCGCCAAGAAAUCGCAAGGGUCUUAGAAGAGGAGGAAAUGAGUGUAGGAAGAAGAGUUGAGGAUCAAAAUAUCGCAGAAAAAGAAAGAUGGGAAAAAGUAUACGGCGAGAAGGUUAAAUCGGGAGAUGAAUCAACACAUGAUUCUGUAGCGGGUGAUUUGGAAGAUUCCAAACGAAGGCACUCUAGCACGAUUACUUCUAUUAUGGAACUCGAUGGAACAGAGGUUGAAAUUUCUGAAAAAUAUUUACCUACUCGAUCCAAUGUUACUGGUCUUGUUACGUUCAGUGGAAAAGGGCACGAUGGAGCGGUUACAGUUCGCGUUGCUCGAGAUGCGACACCCGACUCUGAGCGAACCGAAGAUAAAGUUGUUAUCCCAUCGCGCCAGUCGAGUCAAAAAUCGGGCAGAUCUCAACUAUCAGCAAACAUAACUGAAGGUAAAGCUGUGGUUGUUGAUAAUGAAAGUACCCACCUAGCAAAUCUACCUUCACUACGCCCUACAAGUAAAGCCCCACCACCACCAAUGACAGUCGCACCAGAAGUAGUGCCUCUUCCAUUCAAGAUUCCCGAAGAUGAGAUGCAGGAUAAUCAAUCUUCGAUUGCUUCUAUUCCUGAUGAAGAGCUAGCGGUCAACGGCACAACUUUAAAACGUACAUCCAGUGGAUCGAAAAGAGAUUCACAAAGGUAUUCGGAAGAGCAAGGUAUCAGCACAGACGAUUCGACGACUCCUUAUGCCGAUGAGACUGAUCGCGCAAGUUCUAUUGCGGCAACUGUGGAUGAUCUCAGCGAUGAUGAAGACAGGGAUAUAGAAAGUAUACGAUCAUCAGUUAUUAGCCAGGGCACUCCUUUACCGGAUGUGGACUUCCCAGCACAGGGUGAUCAAAAUGAAGAGCAAGGUCCAGAGCUGGUGACUGUGAAAGUGACGACUGAAUCAGAAGAAACUGCAUCCGGACAUAUUCCUUUGUCCCCAAUGGAUUCUACGACUGAAGAUGCAGAUAAUAAGGUGGCUAGUGGAACGUCUGAUGUCCAGCAGAGUUCGGAGCUUCGGCCAGAGUCGGGAAUUACUGUUGCCACUAAUAUUCUCAACACCCCCCGAAAUGAAAUAUCACCGAAUGAGUCAAUGCCACAACAAGACUCUCUAACAACAUGUGGGGACCCAGUACCGAACACGUCAAAUUCCACUGUUGGGGAAAGUCUUGAAGAUGCUGACAAUGGAACUGAAUCAAAACUCAAGACAGAGUCAUCCAUGACAUCGGCGCCUGACACAAAGACUACGAAAAUCACGAAGGAUCAAUUGCCUGCCAAGUUUUCGAAAGUUGUCAUGUCAUAUCGUACCAAUGAGUGGGCCAAACAUUUAAGCCAUGCAGACUCACCGGAAUUGGAAGAAUUGGAUAUUUCCGAGAGUACUUCUGAGGAUCUCGAAUCAGAAUCGGCUGUUCCCGUGGAUGUUGAAGCACUUCAACAAACAGCUCAUAACGCUCUUCCACCACCAGCGAUACGAUCAUCUUCUCAGCAAUCAAUCUCUCCAGGUCUUAUCCGGUCAAGCUCAACCCAAUCAAAUAUGACGCCUUUCGCGACGAUACCCGAGGGUUCUACCAUUCAUGGACAGGAUUCGUCGACACGAAACUCCUCGCAACAACCAUUAGGAGGAUAUGAAGUUCAACGAUCAUUCCGCAAUGCUUCAAACCCAAGCAUUCCAGAGCAAAUAGUUGAAUCACCUGGAGAAGAAAUUCAAUCUUCCCAACAACAUUUUUCGCAAUCGAUGUCCCCUGCAUUCGGAAAUUCUAAUACACUAAUGAAAAAACGAGACACGAUGCUCCGCAAUAGAUCAUCUUAUUUCCCAACGAGAAACUUUUCUACACAUUCCAUGCCGAUACUUGAGCCAAACCCACAAUCUCCAUCACGAUUUCAAUCUGCGUCGCAUUCUCAAAUGGGUAGCGAAACCGGUUCAAUUCAUAGCCCUCUACGGUCUUAUCACGUCAACAAAUCAACCCCAAUCCUUCCCGAACACGAUGACAUACCACUUUCUCAGCGUCGCGAACUUAUUCGUCGAUCUACGACUCAACCUCUAGCUGCCCCUAAUACAAAUCUCAAUUCUCAUCAACCGAAGCGCACAUCGGCUAUUCAAACACCCCUGGUUAGAGAACAACAAUUGGCGAUGUGGAGAAACAGUAUUGCAAAUGAUUUGCAAGUGCAGAAGAAGAGAGAAAUGGAUACAGUGGAUAAUAGGAGGAGUGUACUUUGGCAGGAGAGAAGAACAGUGGAAAUGAGAAAAGAAGGGGAGAGGAGGGCAAGGGAAUUGAGGGAAGAGAGAUGGGAGGGGAAAAUUAGGACAGCUGGUGGGGAGAUGGAAGAGUUGCAUAGAAAAAUGAUGAGUCGAAUGCAAGAUGAGGCGAGGAAGGUGCUUUGA